GGAUCCAGGACUGCCGCGCUGGCGGCUUUACACUUACUUGUUGGAGUUUGGUUUGGGCCGUUGGGCGUGACUGCGUGAGCCGUGCAUUAUAAUUUAUAUAAGUGCGCGCGGCGUGAGCGUGAAGCGCAAUACAGAUACAAUACCUGCAAGGUGUUAUAUUUUAUCAGGAGCCGCAGUCGCGCCAAGUAUUCAAGUGUCUCUCACGCACACUUGGCUGUGGCAAAAUCUGCCAAUAUUCCGCAGUAAGCGCGCGCGCGUACACGUGCAUUUGAGAGUUGAGACCCCUGCGUCGGCUAUAUCUGAUUACUCAUCUGAACUGCCAGCUGCAGCGCAGAGACGGCAGCGAGCUGGUGACGAGCGCGGCAUUACUCAUCAACUCGAUCGUCAGCCUGUACCUACCUAUAACUAGAAGGAAGGAAGACCGUCCGCACUCCGCUCCGCCUCAAGUCUCAACUCAACCGCUAAGCGCCCUGCAUCCAGCGUCCUCGCGGCUCGCGCGCGCAACGAGCAACGACGGCGACCCCUCUCUAUAUACUUACUUACAUUUUCGCAGUAAUCUCGCUUCUCUCUCGCGUCAGCCCGUCAGCCGAAAAGUCUGUCGCGCACGACACUGCAGCUGCACUCUGCAGUCGCGAAUCUCUUGAACUGUCGUCUGUCUCAGGUCUCUCUCUCUCUCGCACCUCGCACGACGCAGCAAUGGCUUCGUACACGGAGGAUCAGUUAGCCGAAUUCCAAGAGGCAUUCCAGCUGUUUGACAGCCGUGGAGAUGGCAAAAUUCAUGUAGCUCAAAUUGGAGAUGCUCUGCGAGCUCUGGGCCAGAAUCCUACCGAAUCAGAUGUGAAAAAGUUCACUAAUCAGCACAAGCCUGACGAGAGAAUCAGUUUUGAAGUGUUUUUGCCAAUCUAUCAAGCAAUAAGCAAAGCACGCACCUCCGACACUGCUGAUGACUUUAUUGAAGGAUUGCGACACUUUGAUAAGGAUGGCAAUGGUUUCAUUUCAUCUGCUGAGCUGAGACACUUGUUAACCACUCUUGGUGAAAAACUAAGCGACGAAGAAGUUGAGACCUUAUUGACCGGACAUGAAGAUUCACAGGGUAACAUAAACUACGAAGACUUUGUUCGUCAAGUUAUAUGUGGUUGAAGCAUUACAUUCACUUGCGAUUCCAUUCAAAUUAUACAAUAUUUCCAUAACAUUUUAAAAAAGCGAUUUAUGCAUUUCACCUUAAAUAGUUUUUAGAACUAGAGAAUAUGCACAGCAAGUUCCCUUCAAGUAAAACAACUCCAAUGCUUCUGUCAUUCUAAACAACUAAAUUUAAAUUUCAUAUUUUUAAGAAAAUAGGAAUUAGGUCUAUUUUAAUUAUAAAUAAUAUAGACCCGCUGUGCCUUAAAUGUUACUAAGUUGAUUGCAUUUAAUUAGCCUGUAUUGAACGACUUUAUUACAGUACGAAAUGAAUAAUCGACUAAUUUAAUUUUUUUUCUCUUAAUGUAAAAAUUGCUCUUAAAGCUUACAAAUUACUUAUUUAACGCGCAAGUCACAAAAUAAUCUGAUAUCUUAAUUUUAAUAAAAACGCACAAUAACAGAUUUGUAAUUGUGAACAUAGUACUAUGAGUUUCAAGAUUGAAUCAAAGUAAUUGAAAAAUGAAACUGUUAGAGGUUGCGCCUUUUGCUUCCCAAAACCUUAUACAUGUUGAACAAGUUAAACUGUCGUUUAUUCCCAUUAUUAAUGUAAUAGUACUUGAUUUAUUAGUAAAUACACAGCAAUCAUUUUGGGAAGCGUGUAUUACCUUUGUUUCCCCAAAAAGUACUCUUUAGUAUACACAAUAGAAAAUAUUUUUUGUAAACUACACAUCAACCACUCUCAUAAAACAUGAAUUUUUCUAAAAAAAACCAUGCCUGACAAACAAGUAUUAAAAAUAUAUAACAUUUUUAACAAACUAAAACUUGAAGUUACAAAAUCAAUUAGCCAACUUCCUUGGUCUCUGCGUGAUUUUUUGAUUUGGUUAAAGUUAAGAUUAUUGUUGUUUCAUGCCAAUUUAGUCCAGACUAAAAGAGGCAAAAAGUGCUUUUACUUUGUAUUUCUUUGAUAAAUUAAGAUAUAAGUAAGCCGUUUCACAAAUCUGUUCAUGAGUAAACAUCUAUAAUAAGAACGAAUAAAUGUGUAUAAAAUCGGCGAAAAAAGCUAGCUUUUGCGCGUUACUUUUCUCGAAUAGCAUAAUGACCCCGUUCGGAAAAUAUAGUUUAUCAAUGUAUAAAGCGCUUGUAUAAAUCAUACAUCUAAAAAUGUGUACAAAGAAAGUGAACGUUCAGAAGUACAAAACUUAUCAGGUUAUAUAUUAUACUUAAGGGGGCCACCACACCAGUUACAUAGAUAUACUAACCAUGUUAAAUUGACGCGCUCCUUUGCUCCCAACUUUUAGGAAAACGGCUGUACAUAGGAGUCUCAAAAAAUUACAGGACCUAGUUGUCGGUACCAUCUUUGCGCGGAAGUGAGCUGGGCAGCAUUUAUCAACAGAAUCCCAAGGGAAAAGAAUACUUCAAAAAUACUUUCCAGAUAUGCCAAAUAUUUUGGAUUAGAUCAGAUCGAUCGUUUAUUGUUUAUUUUAGCCGCGGUUAGACGUUAGCGCGCUCGGAAGGAAAGCGUACUUUAAAGUAUCUUUUUCUCCAGGAUCUCGUUGACGCAUGAUGUCCAGUUCAUUUCCGCGUAAAAAUUGUACCGUUUUUCCAGAAGUUGGGAGCAAAUGGUCGCGUAAAUUAGCAUUGGCUAGUAUAUCUAUAUAACUGGUGCGGUGGGCUGGUGGCCCCUUAAAGCGUGCAAAGGCUUUUCGGAAAAAUCGAUUUUGAAAAAUGUUCAUGUUCGAAUACUAAGAUAUACGUUCCAUGGUGGUUACCAUCCAUUAUGUAUGCACGUAUACAUAGUUGUGUACAUAUCCAGAGUAUUUUAAAUCAAAAUUUAUAAUUUUAUUCCAAUAAUGCAUAGUUGUUAUAAAUCCAAGCAGGUCAAUGCUGCUGCGCAAAAUUUCAA